AUGUUAUUAAGGUAUGAUUGGUAUGUUUGCUUCCCUCAGUCUAAUGCACUCUACGAUGCCCCGGGAGGCUCUGAUCACUCUCCUAUCUUAGUUGCACCCAAUGAUGUACAAGAGCGGAGGAAAGUCCCCUUUAAGUUCUACACAUUCUUCACAACUCAUCCAGAUUACCUUGCUAUUGUUGAAACAGCAUGGAAUGAGACUAUAUCCUCGAGCUCCAAAAUGUUUAUUCUCUGUCAAAAACUUAAGGCGGUAAAGAUAGGAUGCAAGGCUUUAAAUCGCACUCAUUUCAGUAACAUUCAAGCUAGGACUGCAGAAGCCAAGGAGUUGUUAGCUACAAUCCAAAACCAGAUUUUAUCAGCGCCUAACUCCAUUUUGUUUGAGGAGGAGAGAUUGGCAAGACAGAGAUGGCUCAUUCUAUCUACAGCCGAGGAGACCUUUCUAAGAGAAAAAUCAAGAGUUCGUUGGUGCUCAGAGGGAGAUUCCAACACCCGGUUCUUUCAUAACUCGGUCAAGGCUCAUCAGGCAAGGAAUCUCAUUCGCUCUCUUUUGGACUCAGAUGGUGAAAGGGUCACGGACUCAUCAACUCUCAAGGUUAUGAUUGUAGAGUAUUACAAGCAACUCCUUGGAACCAAAAAUACUCAAGUCAAGCCUCUUACUGUCCAGCAGAUUCGAGAGUUGCAUCCCUUUAGAUGCACUGAGGAUUUGGCUUCAUCUCUUAUAGCCAUUCCUUCCACUGAAUUGAUAACCACAACUUUGUUCUCUCUCCCUCGAAGUAAAACUCCAGGACCGGAUGGAUUCACAGUUGAUUUCUUUAUCAACUCGUGGGGUGUUGUUGGUCCUUCGGUCAUUGACGCAGUCUCAGAAUUCUUUAAAAUGGGGAAGCUUCUCAAGCAAGUAAACGCAACUAUCUUAGCUCUUAUCCCCAAGACUGUUACAGCAGAGUCCCUUACAGAAUUCAGGCCAAUUUCAUGCUGCAAUACAAUUUACAAGGUCAUCUCAAGAAUUCUAGCCGGUAGAUUUAAACUCUUCACUGCAGAGGCUGUUCAGAGGAACCAAGUUGCCUUCAUACCUGGUCGUCUUUUGUGCGAAAACGUCCUCCUAGCUAUGGAGCUGGUUACUGAUUUCAACAAGGAAGGAGAAAAAGGUUUGAGACAAGGAGAUUCCAUCUCUGGUCCGCUCUUCACUCUGGUUAUGGACAUUCUUUCUAAACAGCUAGACAAUGCAGCUACUGACAACAGGUUUCAAACUCAUCCGCAAUGUGGAAGUCCAUUAAUCACUCACCUCAGUUUCGCGGACGACAUUCUGGUUUUCUUUGAUGGCACAGAGAGCUCCCUUGAUGCAAUCUUGGACAUCUUAACUCAGUUUAAGUCAGUCUCGGGCAAUGCAGAAUCUGCUAGAGGGGCAAAGGUUUCUUGGGAAACAGUUUGCUCUCCUAAAUCAAUUGGGGGAUUAGGACUAAGAAGGUUAAUCGACUGGAACAAAAUUUUUGGGCUCAAGUUAAUUUGGCUGCUCUACUCUGAGGCUGGUUCUCUUUGGGUAUCCUGGAUAAAAAGUCAUCUGAUUAGAGACAAAAUCUUCUGGGAGGCUGAUUUUCGUUCUUCAGGAAGUUGCAUUUGGAAGGGUCUCUUAAAGUUGAGACCGCUAGCAAGGCCUUAUGUGGGUUGCAAUAUACUUUCGGGAAGACAAGCCUUGUUCUGGCAUGACAACUGGACAGGACUUGGUUCUCUGUUAGACAUUGUUGGUGAUCAGGGCCCGAGAGUCACCGGAAUUUCUUAUCAAGCUCGGGUAAUUGAUGCUUCUUCAAACGGCGGUUGGAUUCUUCCAAGAAGUCUUCAUCCUCUGGUUCAUUUGCUUCGGGUUUGCUUGCAAGCUCAAGUCCCUCCAUUUCAAGAAGCCGAUGAUGAUACUUUCCACUGGAAAAUUGAUGCAGACCAAAAUCAUGCUAAAUUCUCCUCAAUUAAAACAUGGCGGCAUCAGCAUCCUACUGGUAAUCCUGUCACUUGGCACACUCAAAUCUGGUUUAAAGAGCGCAUUCCUAGAAUGGCAUUCAUGGCUUGGCUUACUGUCCAAGAUAGACUCACUACAAGGGAUAGACUGAUUAGAUGGAGUCUACCAGUCCCACCUGAUUGCCUACUUUGCCAGUCAGCAAAACGGUUCUAUGGUCUAGCGGUUAGGACAUUGGACUCUGAAUCCAGUAACCCGAGUUCAAUUCUCGGUAGAACCUUCUCUUUUUUGCUCCCACUCCCUCCGCCCAGGCUUUUUUCCCCGGCGAUUUCAGAAUGA